GUGUGUGUGUGUGUGUCUAAAUUUGUGGUGCUUUGUAGCUCUGCCCACUUGGCACACCUGCUCCCAAUUAGAGUGGCAGUCCUCCAAGUUGGCGGCCACGUGACAGGAAGUAGGCGUUUUCCUGUUUGUCCAUGAGCGUCUUGGAAUUGGGCGUUGCCUUUGAGGCACUUGCUGUUGCACCUGUAUUUUUUUUCCCCCCACUUCCUGAUUCGCCUGUUCUUCCGCUAAAGUGGACUUUUCGAGCUAACGCUAACCUUGACGUUGAGCUGCGUUCUUUGCAGCAGGAAACAAGAUGGCAGAAGUGGCUGCACCUGAUCUGUUUACGGAGCAGGAACUCACCUGCUCUAUCUGUCUGGACCUCUUCACGGACCCUGUCUCCACACCGUGCGGCCACAACUUCUGCCAGGCGUGUAUCGGCGGCUACUGGGCGUCGACGCCGACGUGCACGUGUCCGCUGUGCAAACACGCGUUUGACGAGCGCCCUCAACUGAGCAUCAACAAAGUUUUUGCCGUCAUCACUGAGAAUUACAAAGUUUCUCGCUACGGCGCUGCCGCGUCCAGUGCGCCGGCCAACGCCGGCAACCCGUUUGUGAUGGCGCCCGACGAGGACGCGGUUUGGUGCGACGUGUGCACGGGCGUGAAGCGGCCGGCCGUCAGCUCGUGCCUGACGUGCACGGCGGCGUACUGCGAUGAACACGUCCAACCACAUCACAACACGCCGUUCUACGCCAAACAUCCUCUCAUGGACCCGCAGCAGGCACUCCGGGGACGCACCUGCGCUCUACACCGCCGCCUACUGGAGGUGUUCUGUCGGACGUGUCAGCAUUGCAUUUGUGCCAUCUGUGUGCUGGAGGAACACAGAACUCACAAGACCGUGUCAGUCCAGACAGAACGACUCAGCAAACAGAAGCACGUGGCGAGGACAGAGCAGGAGAUCUUGAACCGGAUGAAGGACAAGGAGAUGAUCCUGGCCGAGCUGAACAGGAAGCUGGACGGCGUCAAGAGUUACGGCGAGCGAGAGCGCAGCGAAGUGGAAACGCUGCUGGACGACGCGACCGCUUCGCUGGCCCGCCUGCGUGCCCAGGUGCUGGGCGGAGUCCAGCAGCAGAUGGGAGCGGUCCUGUCACGGGGGGAGGGGCAAGCGAGCCUCCUGGAGGCGGAGCUCGCGCAGUUGACGGACAGACGGGCGGAGCUGGAGGCGCAGGCUGUCAGUCAAGACCACAUCGGGUUCCUGCAGAGCUUUUCGGAGGCGACGUUGCCGCCGGGCUCGGAUCAGCCCGUCAACGUGGACGACCUGGACCUGGACCUCCGCUUCCGCCUGGGCGGCGUCAAGGCGGCGCUGGCCGAGGUUCGGGACAAGCUGGAGGACGCCAGGUCGGGCGGCGGCGCCAGGGGGUCGGUGGCUUCCGUGUCGUCGGGUGACCAGAUGAUGGUGGCGGAGAGCAUGCUCAGCCUGGCAGGAAGUAGCAGCAGCCUGAGGAGGAGCCAGUGGCCGCUCAGAGACCUGAAGAAGUUGAAGCCGGUGUCAGGUCACAAGAAGGCUCGCGUGUACAUGGAGGACGUGACCUUGAACCCGGUGACGGCGUACCCCUUCCUUAUCCUAUCGGACGACAGGAAGCAGGUCAAGCGCGGCGAAAAGCUGCAGUUUUAUCGCAACAGUCAGCAGCGAUUCGACGUGUGGUCGUGCGUCAGCGGCAAGGACGGCUACGCCGCCGGACGGCACUACUGGGAGGUGCUGGUGGGCGAGAACAAGGACUGGAAGUUGGGCGUGGCGAGCGAGUCGGCGCAGAGGAAGGGUCUCUUCGACAUGAGCCCCGCUAAUGGAUAUUUCGCCCUCUGGUGGAGCGGCAGCCAACUGCGAGCGCUCACCGCACCGCCGCUCACCAAGGUGAAGGCUCCGCCCAAGCUACGUCAGGUGGGCGUGUUCCUAGACGUGGAGGCGGGCCAAGUGUCGUUCUACAACGUCAAGUCGGGUUCCGAGAUGUUCAGCUUCCACUGCGGCGAGUUCACCGAGCAGAUGUUCCCGCUGCUCGGCACGGGAGACAAAGAGGUGCCCCUCGUCAUCCUCGCCUGACGCCGAUAAAACUCCACCGACGGCAGCUGCGACCGCAAGUCUCGUGUUCACGAUCAUCCCCUGCGCGCUACAUAAGGACUUGGACAAAGCGGACCGAGCUCGUUCCCGUAAAUGGCCGCUGAAAAUCCCUUUCUAGUCAUUCUGGUGUCGGGAAUGACGAACGAUUCUGCGUUCGCGGUCGUUCCGGUCCUUAGAUAGUCGCGUCAUGAAAUGAAAACUAGUUUUGGAACCGUCCUCUGGCACCGUUAAUAACGUCUUUGCUCUCCCAUAAUUGCAACGUACCAGAUGAAUGCCAUCUGGUGGACCUUUUGUUUGAACUAUUCAACUAAUAAAUACAUUAGAAUCACAA